AUGGCCGCGGAUCCGAAGCCUGCGAUUGUUCCCCCCAAGCGGGCGAACACCGACUAUCCCCUGAUUGACUCUGACCCGCAUCUGCGGCGGGUUUUCGGAUAUGCGAGACCAUCUGACUAUGCAGUCUCUGGUGGAGCUGCGGCGGCCUCUCCUCUUGCCUUUUGGGCCAUGGAGAGAGUGAGUCCUUCGCAUGUGGGCAGAGGAGGCUUUGCUCCCGUCAUGCGGCUUGCAACAGCAAUUGGUCUUAUUGGAGGCUUGCAUAUACUUUACCAACGAUCAUGUAAUCGUUUCUACGGCUUUACGGAAAACUCAAGGGAGGUUGACAUGGAUAUGAAGGAGAUGGUGGAUAAAGUCAAGAGAGGAGAACCACUCUACGGGUCCUCGCAAGUGUCUCCUUAUUUGCAAGGGGUUGCGGCCAGGAACUCUCGGUUCUCGGAACUAUUUAUCCACGUCCUUCCGUGGUUUAACAUUGUCAACCACGACCAGCAUGGCAUCGACACGGCCAAAUACUACCAACAGGCUGAACGAGAGUUGGAGGCCGAUCGUUUGGCAGGGACCGGGUCUACCUGA